AUGGAAACAUUUGUGGGAAUUCUCAUCGAUACUUUGAAUUCCAUGAUCCGGAAGGAGCGUGGAUUGCUCUGUGGUGUUGCAACUGACAUGGAAAAGCUUUCAGGUUUUCUCUCCACCAUCAAGGCAGUCCUUGAAGAUGCUGAGCAGAAGCAAUUCACAAACAAGGCAAUACAACUCUGGUUUCAGGAGCUCAAUGGUGUUGCCUGUGAAAUCGAUGAUGUAUUGGAUGUUUACGCGGCUGAAGCCUCAAGAGUCAAGUACAAAAAUCGUGGUUGUUUUAGUUUGAUGUGUUACCCUGUAGCAGGAAACUUAGUGUUUCGUCACAGGAUUGGGACAAGGAUGAAGGAGAUCCUUGAAAAUUUUAAUGCAAUAGCUAAAAAGCGAAAAGAGCUUCGUUUGAGUGAUAAGAAGCGUGGGAGCUAUUUCGAUGCAAGCCGUGAGACUGGACCCAUGGUAAAUGAACCUGAAGUUCUUGGAAGGAACGAGGAAAAAGAGCAGAUUGUACACACCUUGAUGAAAGAAAAGGAUAGAGAUUAUCAAAAUGUAUCAGUUCUCCCUAUAGAGGGUGUUGGAGGCCUUGGAAAGACAACACUUGCCCAAUUUGUGUUCAAUGAUGAGCGCAUAGCCAAGCAUUUUGAGCCAAAACUCUGGGUUUGGGUUUCAGAGAAAUUUGAUGUGAAGAAGAUAAUAAAAGCCUUAAUUCAUUCAAUACGAGGGACUCCUACUGAAGAAUUAGAAUUAGCUCCUCUCCAAAGAAAUCUUCAAGAGUUGUUAAGAGGGAAAAGAUACUUGAUUGUACUGGAUGAUGUCUGGAAUGAGAAUCCAGAGGAAUGGGACAAACUAAAAUCUGUUCUGGAAUGCGGAUCAAGAGGUAGUUCAAUUGUCACGACAACUCGUAUGGAGAAGGUUGCCACAGUAAUGGGCACAUUACAAACACAUCAUCUGUCGAGUUUGUCAGAGAAUCAAUGUUGGUCACUAUUUAGGCAACGGGCAUUUGGUCAUCAAGAGGCUGAAGAAUAUCCUAAACUUGAAUUUAUCGGGAAAGAGAUUGUGCAAAAAUGUGGUGGUGUUCCACUAGCUGCAAAGGCCCUCGGAGGCUUUCUACGAUUUAAAAGGGAAGAAAAUGAAUGGAACUACGUGAAAUGCAGUGAAAUUUGGAACUUACCUGAAGAUGAAACAGGUAUCUUGCCUGCGUUGAGAUUGAGCUACCUUAAUCUUCCGGUAGACUUGAGAGGUUGCUUUGCAUAUUGUGCAGUAUUUCCUAAGGGAUCUAAAAUUGAAAAAGAAGAGGUAAUACAUUUGUGGAUGGCAAAUGGAUUGAUUUCAUCUGAUGGAACGAAGGAAGUGGAAGAUGUUGGUGAUGCUGUGGUGACUGAACUACAUCAUAGAUCAUUGUUCCAAGCUGCGGAGAAAGAUGCAUUUGGCAGUGUCCUUACUUUUGGGAUGCAUGACCUUGUUCAUGAUCUGGCUCAAUCAGUAAUGAAGGCUAAACACGGUGGAACAGAGUCAAAUAGAACCAUGAUAUUGGGUAUGCCAUAUCAUCAGCUAACAGUGGCUUUUCCUAUUACAAUCACAGACAUUGACCUAUUUUCUUCUUUCUUGUCAAAAUGUGGUUCCCUGAGGGUUCUCAUUGUAAGGUCAACACGGUGGGGAGAAGAGUUUACAGAGCUGCUACCUGCAGUAAGCAAACUGAAACAUUUAAGGUAUCUAAAUCUUUCAAGAUCUGACAUUGUUGAACUACCCAAUUCAAUCUGUGACUUGUGGAAUUUACAAAUUUUAAACCUGAAUGGUUGUGUCGAACUUCGAAGUCUACCCAAAGGCAUGAGAUUCCUCAGAAAUCUUCGACAUCUUUGUCUACAGGAGUGCCGGAGAUUGACUCGCAUGCCAAGUGGAAUUGGGAAGUUGACUUGCCUGCGGACGUUGAGUAAGGUCGUCUUGGGUGGCAAAAAAGGCUUCCAACUAAGUAAGUUGCGAGACUUAAAUAUGCUUAGAGGAGAGCUAUCAAUUGAGCACCUUGAGAGGAUUGAAGACAAAAAGGAUGCAGAAGCAGCUUGUUUAAUUGAAAAACAGAGUCUCCGCAGGUUGAAUUUGUAUUGGUAUUCCGAAAGAACGCUUCAACAGUACAAUGAUGAGGAAGUGCUUGAAGCCCUCAAACCCUGCCCCAAGCUUGAAUUGCUGCGUAUAGAAGGCUUCAAAGGUUCAUCAUUAUUUCCAUCUUGGAUUUCAACUGUAACAGAAGUUAGGGCCCAGGAGAGUACUGCAGCUGUUGCAAGGUCCCCAUCGUUGAAACAAUUGGAGUUAUGGAACAUGCCCAACCUAAAAGGAAUGUUAGGAAGAGAAGUUCGGGGCCUGUUAUCUCAACUUCAAUCCUUGUCUUUUAUCAAUUGCCCAACGUUGACAUUGCCAUUGCCACAUAUGCCAUCCCUAAAGUUCUUAUAUGUCUGGAAGUGCCCAAACAUGGCAUGGGCUUCAAUCUCCAAUCUCACUAGUCUUAAUUCCCUUAAAAUUGAGGGGAUUGAAGGAUUGAGUUGUUUUCCAGAAGAGAUGCUACAAAAUCUUAGUCUUCUUGAAUUCCUAAAUAUUAGGGAGAUGAAGGAUCUAAGAGCCUUACCCAAAAGCUUGGCUAGCCUCACGGCUUUGAAGACGUUGACCAUCGUGGGAUGUCCCGAGCUGGAGUCUCUGCCAGAAGAAGGAUUGCGAGGCCUUGCUUCUUUGCAGGAACUCAAUUUGGUCGACUGCUGUAAUUUGCUUCUUUGCAGGAUUAAAGCGCUCAAAUCCCUGACUCAUCUACGCAUCGAAUGGUCAAACGCGACAGCUCUACCAGAGGAAGUCAAACAUUUCGCCGCACUACAAAAGCUGGAUCUGAUUGAAUUUCCCAAUCUAACUUCAUUGCCAGAUUGGUUUGGAGACCACCUCACUUCUCUUCGACACCUGACACUAUGGUCUUGUCCGAAGCUUGAAACACUUCCAUCCAGCAUUCAAAUGAUGAAGACACUCCAAAGUUUGACUAUAACUUGGUGCAAUCUACUGGGACAACGGUGUGAAAGGGGACGAGAGGAAUGGCACAAAAUUAAGCACAUCCCGGACCUGAAAAUUUGGUAA